GAAUGUAGUGACGGCUCGAUGACUUUCUCUGUUAUUUCGUCUCAGUCAUGUCAAACAGCAGCGCCACCAGCAGCACUUUAGUCAUCGCUCAGAAGGCAGUGAAGCAGCUGCGCAUGGAGGCCAGUGUCCCCAGGAUGAAGGUUUCUCAGGCUGCUGCAGAACUGAAGACUUUCUGUUUGCAAAACGCCCACAAAGACCCUCUGCUCACUGGUGUGCCCUCCAGUGAUAACCCGUUCAGGCCUCCCAAGUCAUGUGUCCUGCUCUGAGGUGACUGUGAAGGAGUGAAAAACCUGAAAAAGAUGCUGCGAUGUGGAUCUCUAUCAUGUGCCCCUCUGCCUCUGAAGAUAAAGAAGUCAAGACCAUACACACUCGCACGAACACACAAACACACACACACACACAGCGUUUCAGUGGGGAAGCUAAAA